UAAAAGCUUGCUGGCGAAUUACCAGUGUGUGUUUCCGAGGAGCAGGACAGAGGCCCCAGCUUCGUGCGCCAGAAGCCGCUCCUGACUAACCAGAGGCCGAGGAGACCCUCCCUCACCCUCACGGGCGGCGGGAUCCUCUUCCUCCUCCUCUUCCUCAGCAGCCUCCCGCCAGCACUAGCAGCUCUCGGCCACCAUGGAGCUGGAAAGUGCCAUGGACGUCAACCUGAGGCCCUACAGCGUCGAGAUGAUAGGCGGCGACACCAUCACGAUCUGCCCUUACCCCUUCGUCGUCGAGCAGCCCAAGGACUACGUGCUCUGGUCGCUGUACAACUUCUCCUUCAUGAACGCCUGCUGCCUGGGCUUCGCGGCCCUCGUCUACUCCAUCAAGGUGAAGGCGCCAAGAAAAGGCGGGAAAGCUCCGCCAGUAAAUCCUCCGGCCGUGUUCCUUCCUCACCCCUCACUUUGGUGUCCGCCGACGGCCCCCCCACCUCAAAAUGGCUGGGCAAUAUUUUUGUCUGGCCCAGAAUAUAUUGUACACCCCUGUUCUUGCUUCGUUUCCUGCCCUUGCUAGGACAACCCCUCGCUUUCCUCCACCCUUGACUCAGAUCCUAGCGUUGCCCUUCCCAAGCAGCCUUUGUACUUUUCUCAGCGACUCUGGGAAAGUAGAAAUCCAACAGCUGUGGCUCCCUGGUUCCCUUUGUGGUGGGAAAAGUAUCACCUGUUGGAUUUCUGCCAGUUACACAGGUAUAAAACCCUGUGUGAAAUGUGUUAAACUCUCAAAGUUCAUCCCUGUCCGCUUUCCAAGGAAUUUCCCACACACCCCCCCAAGACAUUCAAAGCUGUGGAUUCAUUGUGGAAAGUUUCCCAUCUCCUGUAAUUCCAUAUCCGCCACACAGAAUACAUACAUUUCAUUUUUAAAAUCAUUUUUCUACUAAAAAAUGAGGUGUGGAGGACAUAUUUAGAGGCACAUGGCCUGUUUUGCUUCAAAGUAUUAGGAUUCAGCAGUAUAAAUUACUCAGUGACACUGAAGCAGUAGGCAAGGCUAUUUAAUUUUCAUGUUCUCUAGCUUUGAGAUGGAUGAGUUUCAGAAUACAGUUCAUUCGUGUGUGUAUGGGGGGAGAGAGCGCUAAUACAUCAGUUAUAUUAAUAGGAUUUUUGGUACAUUUGAGAAGAAAAUGCCCUCCAAUCCCUCUUACCGCCUUAGUUAUUAAGACACAGUCUUGGGCACUGUUUGGGGAUUGAUAGUUAAUGUCUGCAGGGGUCUCCAGCUGUGGCACCUGUGGGCACAGUGACACCUUUGAAGUAUUUUCUGGUGCCUUCAGCACCCCUGAGGCUCUUCCCGCUUACUGCCUCCUUCAUCAUAAGGCGGUAGUGUGAUGGUGAGGGUUACUGUUUUCUCCCAUGAAAGUACCUUUGAAGGAGAAAAUUGGAAGCUUGACACUCACUUCCUCUUUCAGCUGUACCGUAAAGUAUGUGUUUUCUCAAGGCUCAGGGUAAUUUUACUAGAUUCAACUUUUACACAGAUCCCUUGGGAAAGUGAGGUGUGUGCAUUGUUUGUAUGCGGAUCUGUGUUUUGCGAAAGUGGGAAGUGAGAACAGAUGGUCUUGAAAUGGUAUAAUUUGUUUCUAGGUUCCUCUUCCAACAACGAUCCCCUUGUUUCCUUUGACUAAACUGUAAAGAUCACAGAUCCAGUGGUCUCUGGAUCUGAGACACAUAAUCUUACUGAUCUCAACUUUUAAUUCUUUAUUUUUUUUACAAGGAAUCUCCUUAAAACCACCAUCAAAUCAUCGGUCACCUCUGUGUCCACAGAUAUAGUCUGAGAUUUGUGGGUGGUUUUGUUGUCAUCCUAUGCAAAAAUCAUGAGGCUCCGUGUUUUAAAUAAAUGUUUUUUGAGGUAAUAGGAAGCAACACACCUGUGAUUGUUACUCUUCAGUCUGUCAGUGUAAGCUUUAAUCAUGAGGGUUGGGGUGUGUGUGGCUUGUAUAAAAUCAUGCACAUUCAAGAGGAUCCAUUUAAAAUUUACUGGAUCUGAUUUUUGCUCAUGGAAAAGUAAAGUGAAUUUGAAGGUGGGCACAUGUGCUUCUAUCUGUCUUGGGAGAGAGGAAAACAGGAGUUGGUUCUUAUUACAGUCUCAACGUUCCAAAUACUUCCUUGGGCCUAGAAGGGUUGGUGGGCUCUCAUUAAAAGAAUAUGAAUGAAGACAGAUGAUGCUGAGGCUAGAAUAGGAUGCAACCUUUUGGGAAGCAGGAACUUUCAUUUUGCACAAUCCUUUGGUCACUAAUAGCACUGAACAGGAAACUGUAGAUUUGAUUAUGAUUACACAACAGCCAUGGAAAGUCCAUUUGAGCUUUAGGUGUUGUAAGCAUGUGCAAAUGUUUCCAAUGUUAAUUCUCAUUUGUUUGUUUGUUUGUUUGAAAAAAUUCUCUCCCCUGCAGGCAAGGGAUUGUAAAGUCGCUGGAAAUGCUGAAGAUGCAACUAGAUAUGGCAAGAGAGCCAAGAUUCUGAAUAUUGUUGCAAUAGUUCUGGGUGUCUUGUUGUUCCUUUUGCUCUGUGGCUUGAUUGCCAGUGUUUUAAUAGCUUUACAAGAAAGAGUCCAGAAGUUGUUUAAUGAAUACAAAACGAACAUGGGGGAUGUUUUUGGAUCAGGGAGUGGAUCUGGGGCAUCCUAAACAAAUCUUUAAGCACUGGCUAUCCUUUCUUCUGCUUGUGAAAGUGCCUGCCUUGCUCGUUCAUUUGCCAAGGCAUGAGACCUUCUGCAAAGCAGUACUACUCGCAUUUAUGAAGAUGUACUGCCACUGAUUGCCUACCAUCCAGUUUGAGAUGUUUAUUGAAAAAAAUGCAAUGCUUUUAUGAGCGGUGAUUUCUCUGUCCCAAGCUCUGGAUUUGCAACAUUUCCAGUUCUGUUACUCAUGGGAAGUGCCAUAUUCAUCUGGUUUUUCAGUAUUUUGGCAAGUCUCCAAUUCAGUAUGUGUAUUAGAGCUUUCCUUUAGUGAAAUUUUACAUUUGAUGUGAAUUCUAAGAAAAUAAAACAUAUUUUGUUAUUUGGUGUAAAGUUACUCUGUUAAUCACCCAGUAGAGGGGCAUCUUUUCCAACUGGCAGUUUGUUGAGCUCCGCCAAGACCCAGCCAGCUCCUCUUCCAAUGUUGACAACCUUGGCUGUCUCCUCCAUUGAAAAUGAGGCUUUCACACUACUUCCCACGGCCUGUGGAAUUGGACGGAGCUCUGGCAGGAAGAAAGAGAAUGCCAAACAGUGAAGCAACAACCGUGUGGUGUGGUUGGCUUUGCUGCUCAUUUGGUUUUUCCGCUUGUUCACUUGUCCAGGUAAGAGGGUACUGCUCGUUUGGCCCAGCUCAGAUAACUUGUUUCUUGUGGAAAUCCACCCCAGGACUAGAGAAGGAUGAGAGAGGAAAAGCUUUUAAUCACCCCUUCUCCGUCUCCCUCUGACUACGCAAUGUUGUCCAGAUGGGGAAGCUUGCACACUUGACAUGUGAAGGGGGUGGGACAAAAGGAGUUACUCAGAAAUCCAGCAAAGAUGAGGAUAGCAAAGUUUUGGUGCUGGCAGGUGGCUGGAAAAUGCAGAUGAAGAGAUGGACAGAGGAGAUUAUAGGGUUGGAUGGGAAGGUGAGAAGGGGGGCACACUAGAACACAAUCUAUUUGGGAACUCUUUGAAUACAGGCCACUCUCUUUUUUGGAAAUUAUUCUCUUUAUUUCUGCGAGGCCAAGAGAUGGGUCUUGUCGUCUGGACAACCUGGACAUCCAUGCACACUGCCCAGGCUUCUGUCCUGGGAAGGUUACUUCAGUGCUGCUAACACAGCAGUUUGACUUCAUCCUCAGAGGCACACUCCAUUGUCUCUUGAGAAAGACAGAUGCCAACGACAAGAACAAGAGUACCUAGGAAGCUAGUGUUGAGUGUGAAAAAUGGGAUCUUUAUUCCCUCGAUAUUAAUUUGCUUGAAUGAGAAAAGGGAUGGUGUCUGAAGAGUCAGAACCACACCAGACAAAAUCAAUUUAAUAAUUGACAAAUGGUGAAAAAUUGUAGAUAUUCAUUAAAAACAGUGAUGCUGUUGUAUCAAACAAAGACAUGUUGCAUUAAAGGCCAAGUCUGUGACCAUUUAAUAAAUUUUGUUACUGUUGUAUUAAAGUAUAAUAACUGAAACAUCUACAAUAUGGCUACAAGUAAAUGAUAAAAGAGUGAAUGAAAUCUGAAGCUAGUUGUAUUACCUAAUUCAGGUAUAUUAAGAGAUCCUAAUAUGAGAGUGAUCAGUGCAGCUUUACUUCUUUUUUUUUUUUUUUUUGAAUAAUUUUUAUUAAGAAUUUCAGCAUAACAAUUUAUCAAAAACAUAUCCACAUUCUCCCCCCCCCCCCAAAUUUUUCCCUCCCCAAGAAUAACCCACCCCCGGACUUCCCUCAGCUCCUCUCUCUGGUUUUGUCAGCACAUGUUAUCUCUGCAUAUUAUAAAAUUGUAAAGAUCCUUAAGUUAUCUGUCUAUCUGUCACCAAUAAUAAAUUUGUGUAUGUUUAUUCAAACCCUGCCAAGGAGUCCAGUUCAUUUUGUUGUUUCUUUAAAUACUUUGUAAAAGGUUCCCAUUCUUCUUUAAAGUCACAGUUGUCCUUAUUGUGCAAUUUGUGUGUCAAUUUCACCAGUUCCGCAUAGUCCAUCAAUUUCCCUUGCCACUGUUCUUUUGGCAGGAUUUCUUUGUUCUUCCAUCCCUGUGCUAUUAAGACUCUUGCCGCCGUU